AUGCCCAGCAAUGGCGACGCAGUCAUUCUCCCAACCGGCACCGUCACUGGUCUCGCCAACUAUCCCCGCGGACGCUUGGCGCCGGCCACAAGUCAUCGAACACUGUACAUCUCAGGGACCUCUUCCAGGCGCCCAGAUGGCACUUUCGACGGCGCCGAAACAAGAAGCGACGGCACUCAAGUGUUAGACAUACGAAAGCAGACAGCCGCAAUCCUCCACAACAUAGAGGAGGUAAUCAAGCAUGCCACUGCAAACAAAGGCGGCCUCGGAAAUGUCAUUGACGCAACGAUAUUCUUGGUGAAUAUGGAGAAAGAUUACUCCGGAAUGAACGCCGUAUGGAAUGAGUUUUAUCCAAACAUUGAGGAGGCUCCGGCUCGGACGACCAUUGGGGUGAGAGAGUUGCCAAGUCCGAAGCUGGUUGUGGAGGUUAAGUGCACUGCUAUUGUAGAAGCACUGGAGUAG